AUGGCAGUGUCGGAGAUUUUUUCCUCCAGAGCACCCCAGCGAUCCCUGGGUGCCACUGCCAAAAGAAUGAUCACAGCCGAAAUCUCUGGAUUGAACCCAAUUGGCUCGGUGUCCCCCUCUUUCGUACCCGAAGCCUACGGCUGGGGUUCACUCUGGGACGAGACCACGGAAUCUACGUCUUACUUCUCACUCGCCUCCUCCCACCACAUCGGACUUCAAACCACCCGCCCAGCAAGCCUUCGUCGCCCAACUCGCUCAUCUCCACAAGACAUCCAUCUCCCCCACAGGAGAAUUUUGGCUUCCACGAACCUCCCUGCCAUGGCACCAAACCCUUACGACGUCAUCAAGUGGCAACCAUCCUGGACGACCUUGUUCCGCGACAUCCUCGGCCACACCAUCUCGCUUCUCAGCAACAGCACGAAGGGCAUCACAGCCAUGACGAAUUCCAGCGCAUUAGUCACUUGGUUCUCGACAACGUAA